AUGAAAGUUUUCGCGUCGGAAUGCAUCUUUGACUACUCCUGGGAAGAGGUAUCGACCGCCAAUUGGCGUAAAUAUUGCCCAUGGAACAGUAAAUCCACACAUGUCGUUGCUGUCGAUGUUCUGUCACAGACAUUAAAUCCAAACGGAAUAUCUGCUCCACAAUGGAUCCUCAACCUCUUUGGAGGCUCUUCGACAUCGCAUGUCUACGAAGUCUCUUAUGUCGACCCAGCUUCCAAGAGAGUCACCAUGUGUUCCACAAAUUUAACAUGGUCAAAUGUCCUGAGCGUUAGAGAAACCGUGAUCUACCAGCCAUCGCAGUCAAAGCCAGCAUCGAGAACAGAGUUUAGACAGGAUGCACAGAUAACCGCCCUUUGCGGUGGAUGGCAAAAAGUAAAGAAUAAAAUUGAAGAGCUUAGCGUGGAAACGUUCAGCCAAAAUGCAACUAAGGGACGAGAAGGGUUUGAAGCCGUCCUUGAAAUGAGUCGACGAGUCUUUAGGGAACAGAAAGAGAUGGAAGCUUUGCAAAAAGCCCACCAAUAA